UCAAGGCACGAGCCGACCUAAACCGCAAGAGGAAGAAGAGAACCAGACAGAGCCGCAUCGAGGAGAUGGCCAUGGCGAGGCGGAGGCUUCUCGCGCUCGCGUGCCGGUUCCAGAGGAGGGCUCCCGCGCCGGCGGCGACGCAUCCGUGGCGGCGAGCCCUGCCUCGGUUCCUCUCCUCUGCGGCGGCGGGCCCCCUCGACCGCUUAAAGUCGCCGCCUUUCUCGCGCCCGCCGGCCAGGAGCCCUGCCUCCUCCCCGUGGGAUCGAUUCGGAGGAGGGCAGAAGAGGACCAUGUUCAUCCAGACGCAGUCGACCCCAAAUCCGCAGUCACUCAUGUUCUAUCCUGGAAAGCCAGUUAUGGAAGUUGGGAGCUCCGAUUUCCCUAAUGCUCGGACCGCGAUGACAUCCCCUUUGGCGAAGGCGCUGUUCGCGGUUGAUGGAGUUACCAGAGUAUUCUUUGGAUCUGAUUUUGUUACUGUAACAAAGUCAGAAGAAACUUCUUGGGAUUAUCUUAAACCUGAGAUUUUUGCUUCAAUAAUGGAUUUUUACUCAUCUGGGCAACCACUUUUUCUGGACUCAAAUGCUGCAGCCUCUAUGGACACAGCAAUUCAUGAGGAUGAUUCGGAAAUAGUUGCUAUGAUAAAAGAAUUGUUGGAGACUCGCAUUCGACCAGCUGUUCGAGAUGAUGGUGGUGACAUUGAAUACCAAGGAUUUGAUCCAGAAUCAGGGAUAGUUAAGCUAAAAAUGCAAGGAGCCUGCAGCGGCUGUCCAAGUUCAUCAGUCACGUUGAAGUCUGGGAUAGAAAACAUGCUUAUGCAUUAUGUGCCUGAGGUGAAAGGAGUAGAGCAGGAGUUUGAUGGUGAUGAGGAAGCUGAACUGACUGGCCAGAUGGAAUGAGAAUUUUUCCUGGUUUUAUAAGGGUCAACCACAGCUUCUUCUCAAGUUGUUCAACAAACUUUGCACUUACGAUAUGUUCGGGGAAUUUUAACCUCCCAAAACCAAAACCGUAGGGUAUUGAUAUGUUUGUUUUUGUGAGAAAAGACCAGGAAUGGCCUGAACAUUUUGCGAUGAUUAGCAGUCAGCACCAAUCUUGAUGUAUGCAGGAGACAGACUAUCAUGGAUACCGGAGAGGCAGCAGUAGCCUGAACCAGCAUCAGUUGCACUAGUAUCCGAAUAAAGUGACACAGUGAAUUCAUCUUUUA